GGUCGAUCAAUUUGGCCCAUCAAUCAAUUAAUUGCUUCAAUGCCCCGCGGUUAUAGAACGCGUCUCACCCCACGCGUCACAAGCAUAUCCAAACAGUACUCCAUCAACAUCACAAUUAAAAACACCCAAUUGCAACAUCACCAGCGCAUUCAACCCAAACACUGACCCUGGACAAAAUCGAAUGCGCAGAGAAAGAUAUAGGUGCGCUUUUUUCCCACAAUGGCCACAGGCCAACAGCGCCGCGCUGACCGGCUGAACGAGCGUCUACGAGGUGCCCAGCGUGCCAACAUCGAAGAUGACUCCUUCAACCUCGACAUCGCUGGUCUUAACAUAGCUGGCUCGACUCCCGCCGCACCUGCACCCGCACCACCCACAUCGUCAGCCCGCCGAACACCAAAUACUUCUGCUAAGAGAAGAAGAUUGGAGAACGAAGCGCCGCCGUCUGCACAAGCGCAAGGAAGCGCACGGAGACGAUCGCCUCGAUCGAGAGACCCCUACGAUCUACCAGAAACAUCUAAGGAAUCUGGCGCGCAGGAUACGACAGGUGAAUCGCGAGAGGAAGGACCGAGUCUUGAUGUGGUAGAGGAGCCGGAAGCAGAACCCGAGGAGGAAGAGGAAGUCGAACCGGAGCCACAGCCAGACUCCGAAUUACCGAGCCCAGAAGUCGAAGCGCCAAACGAGAACGAAGUUGAAGUUGAGUUACCGGUGCUACCGAAUAAUGAAUCUUCCAAACAACCAUCGCAACGACGGUCGAGCCGUAGGUCGCUGGAACAGAUUGCGCAAGAUGUUGCGAACAAGCGACAAGACGUACGCAUGAGCGAGGCCAUAUCGUCAACGACACGAUUGCACACGACGCUACAAGAGGACGAUACGCCGCCUUCCUCAUCGCCGCUGGUGCGCAAGGUGCGACGGAGUGAAGGUCCCACCAUAAUUCGGUCGAGAUUAUCACAAAGGCGACCUUCGAGGCUUGCUGAGCAAGAUGAAGAAGAAGACGAGCUUUCACCAAAUCGAGCGGAUCACGCUCCUGCGGAUGAUGAACAAUCAGAUGAUGCAACAGAAGAAGCAGAGCCUGAAGAGGAGCAGAUUGAAGAGGAGCCCGCGGCAGAGGAGGAGGCACAGGAGGAAGAAGAGGUGGUAGCGGAAGCUAUCGAUGCUGUCGAAGCGGCUAAGGCACUUGGAAGAAAACGGCCUCGAAGGAGUCUACCGUCUCAAUCACCUGUUGCGGAGCCCCAGGAGCAAGCAGAAGAAGAGGAGACCGAAGAACCAGCAGCGAAACGACGUCGAGGACGACCAUCGAGAAGCCCCGCAACACAGAAACAACCAGCCACCAAACCAAAGCCGCCCAAAACAAAAUCACGAACAACACAAGAGAAGCCACUGCCGAAACAGGUCCGCAGGACGAAACAAGCCGCCAAAGAGCGCCGAGUCAGCGACGGUUCAGCAAUCGAGGUCACAGUUCAGCGCUUCGUCAACGUCAAGAAGUUCAUCAAAGGCGACGAUGAAGAAGAAGAAGAUCAACUCGCGGUGGAUCUGCCUUUUACAACAACUGGAGUAACAGCGGUGGAUGUGUUUGCACAAGCUUGCUUGGAAGUCAUCGACGGUACGGUUGCGAAGUUCAUUGAGACGCUACAGAAUACCGAGGAGAAAGAUAAGAAGAAAGAAUGUCGGAUCAAGAUCCGGGCACUUGAGGCGUACAAGGAGGAGCUCACGUCUCGAUUAUUACAAUUGUCAAUUCACCUCAUGGACUGGCAAUCAUUACGGAAGCGUGUUCGUCUGGUACAGCGAGAGAAGUUCUCUUUGCGAGAAGAGAUAUUACGUCUCAAAGCAGAGAGGGAACAAGUUGCGCUUAAGAUGGAUGCUGUACGCAUCAAGCACGAAGAGGACACCAGAGAGUCAAAAUACCGACUCGAUACCUCAGCUAUAAUGCAUGACAUAGACAUGGCAGUCGAACGGGGACGAGACGCCCCUGAACUAUCACGCGCCCAGGAGAAAAAGGCCGAUCUGGCUAACCUCGAGCUUCUCGUCGCACGCAUCACAGACGAAGCCAGCUCAUCGAGCUCCGCAGGCGGUAUGCUCCAACAAGUCAAAAACUUCAACGCGUUUCUCGAGCGCGCAGCAAUUGCUCUAGAAACGAGAUGAAAACACAACAAGUAACGAAAUGAAACGUCUUUUUAACUUCUCAAUUGGGAUUCGUCAUAAGUACUUUUCGCUUGCUUAGUUGAUCUUGGCCUUGCUAAAGUCCAUCUCGGGAUGCUGCUCCUGGAACUUCUUGAGGAUAUCCGCCUUCUUCUGCUCGUCUGAGCUAGGCAGGCCCUUCUCCUUCUGCUGCUGGUCGAACAUCAUCUUCUCGACCAUACCGCGGGUCUCACCGUCGAGAUCUGAAAGCUUGGAGUUGUCGGGCUGGAUCUUGGUCACGUCGAUCUUGGGAGCGGAGGUGACAACGUGCGCCCACCAUUCCAUCUUGUUCACCUUGUCGAGGUGGAUCUCAACUGUCUUGGUGCCAUCUGAGUUGGUGCUGAGCGUCCAUGUAGAGUCGUCAACGUGGACGGCGUGGGGGAGGUCGCCCUGUUGUGGGUUAGUUGGUGUAUGAGAUGUGGCUUGAGCUGUGCAUGUACCUGGAUGAUUGGAUCCUGGCCCUUGAUACCCGCCUGUAGGCUCUGCUUCUUGAUAGUGAUGACGAGAUCCCUCGACUUGAGGUUUCCGGGUACAUUGAAGGUGACAUCGAGCUCUGAGAUGGUCUGAGUCCACUUGUAGGGAAGAGCAGCCUGCUCCUCGGCCUCCUUUGCGUUAGCAGCGGCGGUCUCAGCGGGUGUAGGUUCUGUGAGAGUCAGUACAUGUGAAGCUGUGACUAGCAAUAAAAUUGCCUAUAUGUACCCAUGAAAUGAACCAUGAGAAUAGUACUCACCGUUGUCAGCCA